AUGCUCCAGGAUGUGAGAUUCGUUCCAUUUGAAUCCCACCUCGAAUCUUUGCAAAAGCCCAUUGCCCAGCGUCCUUGGUUCUCCGAUCGAUUAUCAAAACCGUCACCGCGCCGUUAUGCGUCUACUUCGAACGCCCAGAAACCACCCCCUCUGCAAGAUCCCACACCUUUGCCUAAACCGCCUGUAGCAGGGCGUCAAAGAGCCGCCGGUUUACGCUCAACUGAGACUUACGUGGCCUAUGGUAUCACAAAGAAACUCUUUGAGGCCUGCUCGGCGCAGGCAGAUUAUAAGAUUCCACAAAUCUCGGAACGAGGUGCUGAAAUCCCCAAGACUGCCAAUGGAGAGGAUCUCGGUGUAGGGGAGGGUUGGUGGUAUGAAGAGCUCGGACUGCUCCCAACAUUCUCCUCAUGGUCCCAAGUCACGUUUCUACACAUGUACCUGAUAACCGUUCGCCUACGUGCUCUUCCAUCCCCCGAAUCGUUUCAGACCUUCUCACGCCACCUAUUCGACCACUUCUCAAACAACGCCGAAGAUCGUAUGGAUGUCAUGCACGGUAUUACGUCCCGUAGCAUCCGCGUCAAAUACCUCAAAGAUUUAUUCCUUCAGUGGCGUGGUGUUUUAGCAGCAUAUGAUGAGGGUCUUGUCAAAGGGGAUGCCGUCCUUGCAGCGGCAGUGUGGAGAAAUUUGUACAAAGGAUCGUAUACGGAUGUGCAGGGUCGCGGAGAGGACAUUGACUGGAGUAAGAUUGCACAAAUUGUGUUGUAUAUGCGAAAGGUCCUGGGUGAACUGGCGCCGUUAGAGGGAGACGACUAUGGCACAUGCGGUUGGAGGGGAGAAGGGCAUAUUUAG